CCUCUUUUUCUCAAUUCAAUUCUCCUUCGAAGUUCGAACCUGAAGCACACAUCUCUGUGAAUCCACUAAACUGAGAAGAGAAGAAGAUGAGUUCUCCAUGUGAGAAACUCGACGGAGAUACCAUACCUAAAGAAGUUAACGAAGAAAUUGAUACCACCACUACCGCCGCCGCCACCACCACUACCACCACCAACGAUUGCAAUACCUUCUUAAAUAAUUUUUACGGGCCUGAAGCAAAAGCAGAUGUGGAAUUUAAAACGACUGGGGCUAACUCAACAUUGAAUCUUGAAGAUGUUCAAGGGCUUGUAACAUGGGUGCUUUCUGAAGGGACCAUGCCUUCUUGGAUCUUUAUAAAGAACAAGCCCCUCAUACCCAAAGUGGUUCUGCUGUAUGUUCCAGGUCUUGAUGCAGCUUUGUUCAUGUCAAAGUCCAGGCUUUUGGCUGGGCUGAAAGAAAUUUGUUGGAAUCCCAGACCUGUUUUAGCUCUGAGUUGUGUAUCAGACGGGAUGCAGACAAUAGAUGCGUUAUUAACAGCGAAGUUAAAGAGAAAGCGGGAGCCAUGUACUCUGGAUAUCAAGGAGUCUGAUCAAGCAGAAGAACCAGAUCAAAGUUCAAAUUCAGUCAGUCUGUCCAGAAAAAAAAGCUUAAAAGAUAUACCAUUUCCUAUUUCUUAUUAUACGCUUACACCAAGAGAGUUGGAGGACAACGGAUACUGUAACACUCAUCCAGACUUUGUCUCAACUGUUCCAACUCCUUUAGGAUCUUCUCCUCAUGAAAUACUUGCACUCGACUGUGAGAUGUGUAUCACAGCUAUGGGAUUUGAGCUUACUCGGGCAACUCUUGUGGAUAUUGAAGGACGGGUUCUGUUGGACAAGCUGGUCAAACCUACAAAUGAAAUUACCGACUAUAAUACGAGAUACAGUGGAAUCACAUGUGAAAUGCUAAAUGGGGUGACUACGACACUUCAAGAUAUUCAGGCGGAAUUUCUUAAUUUAGUUCAUCAAGAGACGGUUCUAGUUGGCCAUUCUUUAGAAAAUGACCUGUUAGCGCUGAAAUUAAUUCAUAAAUUAGUAAUCGAUACCGCUGUACUGUACAAAAAUCCACAUGGCGGAAAUUAUAAGUGUGCUCUGCGAGUGCUUGCGAGGAGAUUUCUUUGUAGAGUAAUCCAGGAUUCAGGAAAUGGACAUGACAGUGCUGAAGAUGCAAGAGCUGCACUGGAACUAGCAUUUUUGAAAUUUAGACAUGGACCUGAAUUUGGUGCUGCUCCCUCGCUCACAAGGAAGAAGCUGCUUACAAUCUUGGGUGAAAGUGGCAAAGCGUGCUCCGUUAUUGAUGAUGUUUCCAUAGUGAAGCGAUAUGCUACUGGAUCUUCUCAUGCAUUUCCAGUGUCAUGUGAUGAUGAAGCUCUUUCAAAGGCCAGCAAGGAGGUAAAAAAUGACAAGGUACACUUUAUUUGGAGCCAGUUUUCCGAGUUGAAUUCGUUUUACAAGAGACAAGCAGACGAUACAGAGAAGGUGAAUGUGAAAGUUGCACAAAUGAUAGCUUCGCUUACAUGUCAUAACAAAUCCAAGGGUCUUCGAUACCCUAUCUCACCUGAACUGAAGGCCGUCUUAAAGCGCACAGAUACUAGGAUCCAAAGCCUAUAUGCUGCCUUACCUACAAAUUCAAUGCUUAUCUUAUGCACCGGUCAUGGAGAUACAGCAAUUGUCAAAAGACUGCGGAAAAUGCUGGGAGAGCAGAAGGAUUUCCCAGCUGGGCGCGAGAAAUUGAUAAAAGUUCUGGAAGAACUCCAGGCACAAUCUGAAGUUGCUCUUUGUUUUGUCCGUGUCAAGAAUUAGUAAUCACUUUGAUUCCCAUGGCAGAUAAUGAUUUUACAAGUGUAUCUAUAGCAUCUCAAGAGGAGCAGUUUUGAUAGUUUAGGGUGAGAGCAAUUAUUGAUAGAGAGAGCUAGGGAGGGUUUUCCCUAUCAAAUGUAAUUUAUUUAUGUUGUACUAUUAUUAACACAAUUGAUUGACAGUAAAAUGUUAUGGUUUCACUGCACCAAAUUGUUGUUACAC